AAUUCAAGAUGGCGGCGCCUAUGGUGAAGUCGUGAGCCAGAGAACCAGGUCAUUUACAGCGUAUUUUACUGCUGGAUACGACGUUUGUAACCUGAAUAAUGGGAUUCGUGUCAAUACAACUAUAACGCUGAAACAAAGGACCUGGAAAUAAAACAGUUGAUUGAGCCAUGCAGGUGUCACUGAGACGGCUGGCUCUGAAUCCUCUGGCUGUUGCCCGGACUGGCCUAGUCAGGGGUGCUCUCUUCUGCCCAUUGCCCCGCUUCCUGUAUCCCAGCACCCGCACCCUCUUCAGUGAGACAGGAGUGUGGGAGAAGGACUACCGUGCAGAGACCCGAUGCAGAGUGGAAGAAUGGUGGCACCCGCGAAUUAUGGCCCAGUGGCAGAAAGAUGCACAGGAGAAGGGUUCCAACAAGAAGAAGUUUUAUGUCCUCUCCAUGUUUCCGUACCCCUCGGGGCGCUUGCACAUGGGCCACGUACGGGUGUAUACCAUUAGUGACACCAUCGGCCACUUUCAGAGAAUGAGAGGCCAUCAGGUGUUGAAUCCGAUGGGUUGGGAUGCUUUUGGACUUCCAGCAGAAAAUGCAGCCAUUGAGAGAGGCCUCGACCCAGAAGAGUGGACUAAACAUAAUGUCCAGUCCAUGCGGGAGCAGCUGGACAGCCUCAGUCUUUGCUUCAACUGGGACCGGGAGGUGACCACCUGUCUUCCAGACUACUACAGAUGGACCCAGUAUUUGUUUAUCAAGCUCUUUGAAGCAGGACUGGCAUAUCAGAAAGAGGCUGUGGUGAACUGGGACCCCAUUGAUCAGACGGUGCUGGCUGAUGAGCAGGUGGAUGAAAAUGGUCGCUCCUGGAGAUCUGGCGCUCUGGUGGAGCAGAAGCUGCUCACACAAUGGUUCAUCAAGACUACAAACUAUGCCAAGCCUCUCCUGGACGCCUUGGCAGACCUUCCCGAGUGGUACGGGGUCAAAGCCAUGCAGGCAAACUGGAUUGGAGAGUGCACCGGCUGCUACUUUGAUUUCAAACUCAAGGUGAACGGGCAGGAGACGGGGGAGACCCUGUCAGCCUACAGCUCCUCCCCAGAGACAGUGUUUGGAGCUGCUUACGUGGCCAUCCUGCCCUCCCACAGACUGCUGCACGGUAGCAGCUCAGUCCGCUCUGUCCUGGAGAAAACCUUUCUGCCCGGCAGAGACUCCCUCACAGAGAUCACCGCUCUAAACCUCUUCACUGGCCAAGAGGUCCCCCUGGUUAUCUCACACAAGGAGGCAUUUGAAGAUUAUCUGGAUACAGUGAUUGGUGUCCCAGACUGCAGUGAGGAGGAUCUGUCUGUGGCUCGAGCUCUAAACCUGAGAUGGACCACUGUGCUGAAAAGUGAUGAAGAUGCGGCACAGACUCUGAUCAACUCGGAUGAAUUUUCAGGACUUACCCGCCAACAGGCAUUUGACUCUAUUACCCAGAAGGCCAGAGAGCGGAAGGUUGGAGGUCACCUUACCAGCUCUAAGCUCAGAGACUGGUUGAUAUCAAGGCAGCGGUACUGGGGCACACCCAUCCCCGUGGUGCAUUGUGGGGCUUGUGGUCCAGUUGCUGUCCCUGAGGAGGAGCUGCCAGUUACAUUACCAAAGCUGACGUCUCUCACGGGAAAAGGUGCAUCGCCCCUGGAAACUGCUCAUGACUGGGUCAACUGCACAUGUCCCAGAUGUAAGGGCCCAGCGAGGAGGGAGACUGACACCAUGGACACUUUUGUGGACUCAGCCUGGUAUUAUUUUAGAUACACAGACCCUCAUAACCCAAACAGGCCUUUUGAGCGCCACCUAGCGGAUCACUGGUUGCCUGUGGAUGUUUACAUCGGAGGGAAAGAACACGCUGUCAUGCACUUGUACUAUGCCCGUUUUCUCUCUCACUUCUGCAAGGAUCAGGGUCUUGUCGCUUACAGGGAGCCCUUUCAGAAGCUACUGGUCCAGGGUCUGAUCAAAGGCCAGACUUUUAAACUGGCACACAGCGGCCAGUAUCUGAAAAGAGAAGAAAUAGACUUCACAGAUAAGGAACCGGUGGCGUACGGUGGCGGUCGUGUUGAAGUGACAUGGGAGAAGAUGAGCAAGUCUAAACACAACGGUCUGGAUCCCCAAGAGGUGGUGCAACAGUACGGCGUGGACACAGUCCGACUUUACAUCCUUUACGCCGCACCACCUGAACAGGACAUCCUCUGGAGUGUCAAGACGGAUGCCCUUCCCGGGGUUCUGCGGUGGCAGUCUCGCCUGUGGCAGCUGGUGACCAAGCUGAGGGUGGCUCGGGAACUUGAAGGGAUCCCCAACCCGUCCCUGCUGAAAAAGAAAGAGCUGGCAGAGACCAGGAAGAUAUGGGAGAACAAGAAUUACGCUAUUCAAGAGGUGACAUCUCACUUCACAGAGGACUUCCUUUUCAACGCAGCCAUUUCUCGCCUGAUGGGACUUACCAGAACACUGAAUAGUACGACAGCCAGGGUGGUGCAACACAGUGUGGAGUAUGAGGAAGCUCUGGCUGCGCUGGUUAUAAUGACAGCACCCAUGGCCCCUCACCUUGCUUCUGAACUUUGGGCAGGUCUUUGCCAAGUGAAAAACCCCCUCAGCCAGCUCCUCCAGAGAGAAGGGGAUGUCCUGCAACAGUUCUGGCCAACUGUGGACCCUGAGUACCUGGACGUCCCUGACUUUGUGGAGCUGUCUGUACUGAUAAACAACAAGACCUGUGGGAAGCUGACUGUGCCUCUGCGAGUGUCCAAAGAUUCAGAGCAGGUGCAGCAGCUCGUCCUGGAGAGCCCACUCGGACAGAAGCUUCUCAGCAAGCGCAGCAUCAAGAGAGCCAUCCUCUCCCCAAGGACCGCCCUCGUCAACUUUCUUGUUGAUGAGUGAUGUUUGGGCGUUCGCCGCUGCUUUUGUAACUGCUAGAUGGUUUUCAAUGCCUGUCAGUUAGCGACUCGGCAGGGAGAGGCAGACAAAAGAGGUGCAUUUUUAUAUUUUGAAAAUCAAAAGAAAAGAACACGAACAUCAGUUUGUACUGACUGUCAUAACUUCAAUGUAAAUAUGUCCAAAGAUAUUUUAUUUAUAUGUUCCUGUUUUUAAUAAAAGCUUCAAGAAGC